GAGAGAGAGAGAGAGAGUGAUAAAGUUAAAGUUGCCAGAAUGUGGUCAUUAAUGGUGUACCUGAGGUACUGUAGAGACUUCUUCUAGUGCGCGCCGAAUCGUAAUGUUGCCAGGAUACCACGAGACUUCAUUCAUUCUUAACCUCUGGAUCUUUUCCUCUCCUGAAUAAUACUUCUGACAUCCCAUCAUUUGUGUGUUCGCAAAUCAAGUUCAAGAUAACUGUUGUAGUCAUUCAGUUUGUCGAUUUAACUAUUAGAGCCGGCAAAUAAGUAAUCAAAUUUUUCGUCAAACAUGAACUGAAGACAUGAAUGGGCAUGUUCUUACACAAAGCGCUAAAAAGUUUCCCGGCAGCGACAAGGUUAAAAAAGUGCCGCCCCGCCGCCACCCACCCCCCUCUGAUUUCUUUAUCUUCUUUCUCCUGUUGCGCUUUUUGUUUUAGAACUUUUAAGUCCCCACCUUUUCUGGAAAAUAUUUAGUUAAUGCGCUAGAAAAACAGAUUUAAACAUUAGUUACGAGGAGCAAACAGAAUACAUUUGGAAAAGUUAUGAGGUCGUGAUUUUUUUAAUGUAGUUUAACAUGCUUAUACUGUUGAACACUCUUUUGUCUGUGAUAUAUCUGGAAAGAGGUGUCUCUCUAUCCUUGCAACCUUUGUGCAUCGUCAAAUAAGCUUUUCUUACGUAAUAAUGAGUCAUAUAACUAGCUGGUCAAGUCUCUAAGUCAUGUUUAGCAGGUAUAACAUCUCUGACUCUGAUAUAUUUAGAGCAGCUAUUAAUAAAAUGUGUAAUGCAGGAUGUCUUAAUUAAUUUUCAUUGUUUUCUCUUUGUGCCUUGAUUCAUUUAAUUUAAAGAGCAAGAUUUGUAAUUUUGUAUGAUCAAGACAGUGUUAGUGUGAACAUGUCUGAACUUGUCCUCAUAGAGAUGUGGGGGGAAGGGAGUGUCUGGUUGUACAAAAGCACAAACUCCAGUCAAGACAUAAGACUUUUUUGGAAUCCUAAAAUUUUCAUUUUAACCAUUGGAGGGAGAAGUGGGACCUGUAAAACACGACUGGAGUUUAAGAACAGAUAGGUUUAUAGUGGGAUAGGUGAGAGAUAGUCAAACUGAUGCGUUUCAGAUCCUGUGAGAAACUAAAGGACAGGAUAUGACCCAGAGGAUCCCUUUGAAUGGCUGCCCUGACUGAAGUUCAGUCACUGAACGCCAGUGGGCGGAGCCAGCGAUAGGAUGAUGUGCUGUGUCUUUCUCUGGGGAGGCUGCAGAAAGUACUCCUCAGACCUGAAUAAGCUCUUUUGUCAACUGGCGAAGACGUGUCCCGUUCGGAUGGUGGUGAAGACUGCUCCUCCCCAUGGCUCACUGCUCAGAGCCACAGCCAUAUAUAAGAAGUCCGAGCAUGUGGCUGAGGUGGUCCGUCGGUGCCCACACCACGAGAGGACCAAUGACACUGAUGGAUUCGCUCCCCAAGGUCACCUAAUACGCGUGGAGGGAAACGUGCAGGCUUUUUACAAGGAAGACGACGUCACGUCGAGACACAGUGUGAUGGUGCCAUAUGAACCUCCACAGGUUGGUGCAGAGUAUACCACAGUACUGUACAAUUUCAUGUGCAAUAGUAGCUGCAUGGGAGGCAUGAACCGCCGGCCCAUUCUCACUAUCAUCACUUUGGAGACCCCUGACGGACAGUUGCUGGGCCGUCGGUCUUUCGAGGUACGUGUGUGUGCGUGUCCAGGCAGGGACAGAAAAACAGAAGAAAGCAACUUGAGGAAAGAGCAGGAACCCAAACCCUCGGACAAGACCCCCUCGACCACCAAACGCAGCAUUAAGGAAACAACUUCAUCAAUUCCUCGAGCUGAGGGAAGCAAGAAGGCUAAACUGAAUACCAGCAGUGAUGAAGAGAUUUAUACUCUCCAGGUGCGGGGUAAAGAGAGGUAUGAAAUGCUGAAAAAAAUAAAUGACGGUUUGGAACUGAGUGACAUGGUGCCCCCAUCUGACAUCGACAAGUACCGGCAAAAAUUGCUGUCCAAGAACAAGAAGGAGAAGGAAUGCCAACCUCCUGAACCCAAACGUGGGAAAAAACUACUGGUGAAGGACGAGAAGAGUGACUCGGAUUGAGAUGGACGGAUGUGGAGCGAGAAAAUUGAGCUUUUUCCAAUGGCUUUCUUUCCCUUCGUUUUUCAUAAACAGCAGCUUCAUGAGUUUAUG